AUGCAUAGAACAGUUGUUCCCAGGCAGUCUUCCGCUCAUCGUUUCGCAACUUUGGCACUUUAUCGAGCGCUCCUCCGACAAUGCGCCAAACUACCACAUUCUCCCUCCGAACUUGCUGCGUGCAAGCCGUACAUCCAGAAUAGGUUCAACAGAUACAAAACACUUCAGAGUCCGUCUCAAACAGCCAAUUCACUUAGGGCAGGCUACGAGGCUCUUGACCUAUUGUACUCAGCCUCGCAAGGCGACCAAAAUGGCGUUCAACGGAUAAAGAAACUUAUAUCGGAAAGUGAAGCGGCAAAGCGACAAAAAUCCGAAUGGCACAGGGAACGAGCUAAGGUUAUUCCGGUAAAGCCCGUGAGCCGGAAGGAGCUGAAGAAGGAGGCAAACAAACGAUACCGAGUAUUGACUGCGAAACGGCAUCCGGAUGCUAUCUCUAUUCUUGCACGUCCUCGGCCUGUAGUCAAUGGGAAGCGUCGAGUUCCUGUACUCGUGAAUGCGCGUGGUUUCCCGUUUCUCCUCAUUAAGAAGCCCCAGCCUAAAUUUCUUAGCGCUGUGCUGGAUUCGAAACUGAAAAGGCGCUGGAAGAGGAUGGAGCGCCUAAAAAGGCUCGAGUCCGAGUUGCCGAUGGCCAGGGACGAGGAUGAAUGGGAUCUGUUAACUGGCCAUAAGGAAGAUGCAAAGUGGUCUGGACCGGUUAGAGUGUCACUCAAAGAAGUGCAGGGACAAAUAUCAGAAGGCGAUAGGAGGACCAAGGAACUGGCGCAAGCUAUGUGGAAAGUCGUUCUUGAAGAGCGCAAGCUGGCAGAACAAGAGGAGAAGCAACGGGUUGAGCAAGCCGGAGAGCAACCAGCGGAAGAAAAAGGGAAUUCCUCAGCAGAGGAACACGAUAAGAAACGGCCGAGUGAGGGAUGA